AUGGAAUCCGAAGUCAUCAAGGUGCUUCUUGUCGGUGAUGAAAAAUGUGGCAAAACAACUUUCCUAUCGAGACUCAGCGCAGGAGAGAAUGUGAAUCCCAUUCCUCUCCUCCGUGAUAUCGACCAGCCCUUUAUCUUCGAGAUCAAGCUCUCGGGUGCCGAGUAUCGCCUGGAGUUUUACGACACAUCGAGCCCGGAGAACUGGAGGACGUUGGAUCCUGACAUUGUGACUAUAUGCUACGAUAUCAGCCAGCGGAUGAGCAUGAUUAAUAUGAAGAGAUAUUGGAUAGAUGAAGUCAAGAAGAGCCUCCAGAAGAUUGACUCGCUCCCCAUUGUUAUAUUAGGUCUGAAAAGGGACCUCAGAUCGGAAGAUGAUCCAAACGGCAUCAUAUAUCCGCAGGAAGGGUAUCAGGCUGCGCAGCAGCUCAGGGCUGACCGGUACAUUGAGUGCUCAGCGGUAACCGGAGGGCUGCUGAAGCUGGCGUUUGAAGAUCUUUGCAAGACUGCUAUAAAAUGCAAGUCGGCGGCGGGUGGUCAGAGCGAAGGCGGCUGCACCGUCAUGUAA